AUGCCCCUAAUAAUCCUCUCCGGCUAUCCCUGCUCCGGCAAGACCCAGCGCGCCCACCAAAUCCACGCCCACUUCACCACCAAGAUCACAACCUCCACCGACCCCCGAAUCCAGCGCCUCAAAGCCCAUACCAUCAACACCUCCACCCUCCACCUCCCGCGUACCGCCUACCGCGAAGCUCGCACAGAGAAGGAGGCCCGCGCAACAGAGUACAGCGCCGUUAAGCGCCUCCUCAGCAAGGACGACGUCGUCAUCGCCGACGGCCUAAACUACAUCAAGGGCUUCCGCUACCAGCUCUUCUGCGAAGCCAAAGCGCUGCUCACGCCGAGUUGCGUCGUGAAGGUCCAUGUUGCGGCGCCGCCGGAGAAGUGUCGUGAGUGGAACAGCGCGCGCAAGGCCGCGGCCGAGGCAGAGAAGGAGGGCGGCGGCGAAGGCAACGGCGAUGGAGUGCCGUAUGAGGAUGAUAUUCUCGAGAACCUCAUCUUCCGCUACGAGGAGCCGAACGGUAUGAGCCGGUGGGACAGCCCGCUGUUUACGGUUCCGUACAUCGAUGAGACCCCCGACCUGGACGGCAUCUGGGACGCCAUGGUCGGGAACGCUGUCAAAGUGAAGGCCAACCAAGCCACCGUUCUCAAACCGGCAUCUGAAAGCGACUACCUCUACGAGCUCGACAAGACCACGCAGGACGUCGUAACGCUGAUCCAGGAGCACCAGAAGAGCAUUGGCGCGGGCGGCGGGAGCGUGCCGGUCGCGGACUGCGCUGUUGCGCUGGAGCUGCCGAGUAGUAGUAUCACGGUGCCGCAGCUGCAGAGGAUCCGGAGGCAGUUUAUUGCGCUGAAUAGGCAGCAUGGCGUGGGUAAGGAGAGAAUUAAGGAGCUGUUUGUCGAGUAUGUUAAUGCGCAGUUUAGGUAG